UAACAAUCAUUUUGUUUAAAAAAACUAUAUUUUCCUCUCUUUCCAACCAAAUGUUGUUAUUCAAAAGCAAGAGCUUCUAAAUCCAUAUUUUAAUAUAUUUCAAAAUAUGCAUCGCAACUAUGAAUGAAAUUAGAUGAAACAGCUAGAGAGAAAAAAAAAAGGAUAGAUGAAAUAUUUUAAUUUAAUUUUGAUUAUAGUUCGUUCCAAAUAAAUCCCCAUGUCAAGUAGCAGCAAAAGAUGCUUAGUACUAUUAGAGAAAUGCAAAAACAUGAACCAACUAAAACAAGCACAUGCACAAGUUUUCACAACAGGUCUUGAAAACAAUACCUUUGCUCUUAGCAGAGUUUUGGCUUUCUGUUCAUCACAUUCACAUCAUCAUGGAAGUCUCGCCUAUGCAUUCAGAGUCUUUGAACGCAUUCACGAUCCCACAGUUUGUAUAUACAACACAAUCAUCAAAGCUUUUCUUCUCAAUGGCAAGUUUAACAACACCCUCCACGUGUUUGUUAAAAUGCUUCAGAAAGGAUUGAGACCUGAUAACUACACGGUCCCAUAUGUUUUGAAGGCUUGUGCAGCACUUCAUGAUUGUUCUUUGGGGAAAUUGGUUCAUGGGUAUGGUUCAAAAUUGGGUCUUGUGUUUGAUAUCUUUGUGGGUAAUAGUUUGAUGUCGAUGUAUGUUGUUUUUGGUGAUGUAGUAGCUGCACGAUAUGUGUUUGAUGAAAUUCCUUGUCUAAGUUUAGUGUCUUGGAGUGUGAUGAUUUCGGGGUAUGCAAAAAUGGGUAAUGUUGAUUCUGCUAGAUUGUUCUUUGAUGAAGCACCUGAGAAAGAUAAGGGGAUUUGGGGUGCCAUGAUUUCUGGUUAUGUGCAAAAUAGUUGUUUCAAGGAAAGUCUUUAUUUGUUUCGUUUGAUGCAGUUGACUGAUAUAGUUCCUGACGAGUCUAUAUUUGUGAGCAUUCUUUCUGCUUGUGCUCAUUUAGGAGCUUUAGAUAUUGGUGUUUGGAUUCAUAGAUAUUUGAAUCGAUCGAAGAUGCUACCGUUGAGCGUUCGUUUGAGUACUAGUUUGUUAGAUAUGUAUGCUAAAUGUGGAAAUUUGGAAUUGGCGAAAAGAUUAUUUGAUUCAAUGCAAGAGAGAGACAUUGUAUGUUGGAAUGCUAUGAUUUCUGGUAUGGCGAUGCAUGGAGAUGGAAAGGGUGCAGUCAAGUUAUUCUAUGAUAUGGAAAAAGUUGGUAUGAAACCUGAUGAUAUAACAUUCAUUGCUGUUUUUACUGCUUGUAGUUACUCGGGAAUGGCUUUUGAAGGUUUGAAGCUGUUGGAUAAAAUGUGUAGUGUUUACAACAUUGAGCCUAAAAGUGAACAUUAUGGUUGUUUAGUUGAUUUACUAAGUAGAGCAGGGCUUUUUGAAGAAGCUAUGGUGAUAAUAAGAAGAAUAACCAAUUCAUGGAUUGGCAAUGCAGAGACAUUGGCUUGGAGAGCAUUUCUGAGUGCAUGCUGUAAUCAUGGAAAAACUCAACUGGCUGAAGUUGCAGCUGAGAAAUUGUUGCAGUUGGAAAAUCACAGUGGAGUGUAUGUUUUACUGUCUAAUCUGUAUGCAUCAUCAGGGAAACAUAGUGAUGCAAGAAGGGUUAGGGAUAUGAUGAAAAUUAAAGGGGCAAACAAGGCACCAGGUUGUAGCUCAACAGAGAUUGAUGGAGUUGUCAGCGAGUUCAUUGCUGGCGAAAAAAUACAUCCUCAGAUGGAAGAAAUACACUCGGUUUUGGAGAAAAUGCAUAUGCAGUUAGACUAUAAUCAAUAGAUAUUCACGGGUUAAUUAGGUUCUUUUAAAAUCAUAAUCUUGUUGGUGUGCGGAAUAGUUGGCAGAUAUCUAAGUCCUGUAGACAUAUGGUCAAGGGUUUGGUCCCCAAUCGUUGCAUACAAAAAGAACACCAAUUGGAAGAGAUCAUUUAUCUCAUUUAUUGAUACACCUUGUAGCAAUCCCUUUUUCUCCCAAAGUGGGGACAACAAUUGUGAUUCAUCUUUGAUCUCGUGUAAAGUUAUAUAUUUUUAUCUAAAAAUGUAAUAUUAUACUUCAUCUA